AUGGACAGAGAACAAGAAGAGCUCCAGUUUCUUGGGUUCUGUGGCAUCUUCAAAGAAUCCUUCAAGAUCGUCUUUACAUGGAGAAAAAUCUUCAGCCAGAUAACCCUAGCUCUCAUCCUUCCACUAUCCUUCAUCUUCCUAGCUCAUAUGCAAAUAUCCCAGUUAAUUUUCUUCAAUAUCCUUGUCAAUCAAGAUGCCUUAGACUUCACCCAAUCUGGCACACCAAAACAUGAUAAACUCUCUGAUAACAUCUCCGCGGAAUGGACUGCCUUUUGGCUCUUCAAAUUUGCCUACUUCACUUUCCUUCUAAUCUUCUCCCUUCUUUCCACAUCUGCAGUUGUUUAUACCAUAGCUUGCAUAUACACUGCCAAGCCAAUCACCUUCAAGAAGAUCAUGAGUGUUGUGCCAAAGGUGUGGAAGAGACUAAUGGUCACCUUUAUAUGGAGUUUUGUUGUUGUUGUGCUCUAUAACAUCAUUGCAGCUGUGGUGUUUUUAACCUUGUGGACUCAAGUUGUUUUUCAUGUAAAUGCAGUCGGAUUUAGAAUUGCGGUUCUUGUUGCUCUUAUAAUCAUAUAUUCCGUGGGGAUGUUGUAUAUCACCAUAGUAUGGCAUCUGGCUAGUGUGGUCUCUGUUUUAGAAGAUUUUUACGGGAUUAAAGCCAUGAUCAAGAGCAAAAACCUAAUCAAGGGCCAGAUGGGAGUUACAGUAGCUGUUUUCAUUGUGGUUGGAGUUUGUUUUGUGGGAAUUCAGCUGCUAUACGAGAUUUUUGUGGUUUUGCACAAGCCAUUGGGAGUCAGAAUUGGGGUGGGAAUAGUUUGCUUCUUCUUGCUCUGUAAGGUGAUGCUCUUCGACCUUGUCAUCCAAACUGUUCUCUACUUCGUGUGCAAAUCCUAUCACCAUGAGAAUAUCAACAAGUCCUCCUUGUCAGAUCAUCUUGAGGUUUAUCUUGGGAAGUAUGUUGCUCUGAAGUCCAAGGAUGUCCAAAUGGAGCAAAUUCAAGUCUAG